CGGGCCGGGCGGGCUGCGGGAGGGUGCGCGGUUCCCGGAGCGUCGGCAGCGGCUCGGAGCAUCUGUUGAAGAUUGUGUCAAAAUGGAUUGUGAGUAUGUGGCGAGGAUCAACCGUUACUGUCAAAUGCAGAAAUUUACCGUGGUUUAUGACCCCAUCGACAUGAAGGGCCCAUCUCAUGAUCCUAAGUUCACAGUUGUGGUCAAAAUAAACGGUAAGGAAUAUGGUACAGGCACUGGUAAAAGUAAAAGAGAAGCAAAAGCAGUAGCAGCAAAAGAAACGUGGAAAAUGAUUGAGAAACAGCAGGAGAGUCUCUCAAAUAUGGGAGCUGCAGAGUUAAGGACAACUCAAAUAACCUCAUCACCUCCACUAGACAAAGAUUAUGUCAGCCUAUUAAAUAUUUUUUCGCAAAAGGUGUGUCAAAUGGUUGAUUAUACUAACAGAACUCGUACUGGAGAUGACCAUGCUCCCAUACAUUCUGUUAGCUGUACGAUUAAUGGUCAUUUGUAUGGAAGGGGUACUGGGCCUUCCCUAGCUGCUGCAAGACAAGCUGCUGCAAAAGAAGCAUAUGAGAAGGUGGAAACUGAAAGAUCUAAUGGCAGUUUUACAUCUGUCUCACAAAACAGCAUUUGCUUUGAUGACUCAGCUGCAAAGUUGGAAGAAAAAAUGAAAGACAUGGCAAUUUGUGAAAAGCCUUUACCUUUUCAGAGAAAUACACGAAGUUCUGUCCUGAUGCCCAAAAGAAAAUUGGCAGCUAACUUUGCUAGUGUGAGAAGGAAUGAAGAGGAAAAAGGUAUGUCAGAUUCAAAUGAAUGUUUGCCGGAUGUGGACACAAACGCUGAAGAAGAGAAUAGGAGUCCACACACUGUCAAUAAAAUAUUUCUUGAUCUUUUUGAAGAAAUAGAGCCUAUUGAUAAAGGUGGUUUUGGGACUGUUUUCAAGGCAACAUCAAAGUCUGAUAAGAAAACCUAUGCAAUCAAACGAGUUGAAUUCACAGAGAAAGUAGAGCGUGAAGCAAAGGGACUUGCAAGUCUUACACACGAGAACAUAGUGCGGUAUCAUUGCAGCUGGAAAGGGUAUGACUAUAUAAAGGACCCAGAAUCAAGCCAAAAUUCAGAUAAAAUUCUCUGUCUCUUCAUCCAAAUGGAAUUCUGUGAACAAGGGACAUUGGAAAAGUGGAUUGCAAAAAACAGAGAAGACAGACAGUAUCGUGCAAUGGCACAAAAGAAAUUUUUGCAAAUAGUGAAUGGAGUAGAAUAUAUUCAUUCUAAAGACUUAAUUCAUCGAGACCUCAAGCCUCAGAAUAUAUUCAUAUCACAUGAUGAUAAAAUAAAAAUAGGUGACUUCGGUCUUGUGACUUCUGUGACAUUUGAGACUCUGACUGAGAACAAAGGAACAAGAUCGUAUAUGGCACCAGAACAGUUUGGGGACAGAUAUGGAAAGGAAGUAGAUAUUUAUGCACUGGGAUUAAUUUGGUUUGAAAUUCUUUCGGCAUUCACUGGUCAUGAAAAAUCUAAGGUAUGGCCUUCUGUUAGAGAAGGUAAGCUUCCAGAGAGCUUCACCAAACAAUUUCCAACAGAGGCAUCCACAAUCAAAAAGAUGCUUUCAACAUCGCGAAGAAUCACUGUGUCUCAUUUACUUGACAUUGUUAAGUGUGUUGAUGAACAGAAGGCACUUAAAAAUUAUUCUUAUUAAAUGUCCUUUCACACCAUGUUUAAAUCCAGAGUUUGACGAAUUUAUUACAACUGAUGAAGUGACAAUAGCUGUCAGAAGCAACAGCAAGACUUGGGGUGUGUCUUUUCCUUGGCCGCUUCACCAUUCAUGUCUGCCAGCUGCAACUGGGACAGGGCACUUCUGCAAGAAAUCACGUGAAAUUUUUACCUGGAAACAUGGGUUGUGGAUGAACUGGACUGUUUUGUACAAUAAGUAAUAGAUCCUAUUACUUUUCCCUCGAAGAUUAUGCUGAUGUGCUAAAGUACUAACUGGGCUGUGGCAAAUCCCUGCAUGUGCUGCUUCCAUUAUCCCUUAUGGUUAUCUGUUCCUUACCAUGGAAGAAGUGCUGUCUGGUGGUAUGUGACUCAAACCUUUCUGAUUUGUUCAGUGAUAUUGUUAUAAUUACUGGAAUGCUCUCAUUCAUACCAAGACUGGUUUUGACAGAAAAGAUACUAGGAAUAGGUGAAUGUUAUUCUUCACUGAAUUUCAGUACUUUAUAAAGUGUGUUUUCUUAUCUCUUCACAGCUGCUGCUGACCUAGCACCUUUAGUGCUCUAGAAUUUAAACUUGUAAAAUGAGGAUUUCUUAAGAAUUUAAAUGUUAAACAUUUAAGCUUCUAGGAAAUCUAAUUUAGAACAAAUCUGCUCUUGAAAACUUUAGGUUUUGAUGGUUGUCUUUUUUAGAAAGGAACAUUCAAGGUGCUAUUAAUAUAAGAAAAUUCCCCAAUUGCCUAAGUAAUAACCAUUUGAAAUCCUAGGCUGGGAGAACACUUAAAACAUUCCCGUGCUUCUAGGUUAUAGUCCCUUAUUGUAAUACUGAGGCAUGCCUAACCCUUAAUAACUGUACUGACUACCUCUGCUGUGCCCACUGCCAGCCCCACAAAAGGGAACAGCAGAUUCUCUGCUACUCUUCAUGUACAUCCUUCAGAGUUCAGCCUUGCCUGAACUCAAAGUACUGUGCAUGGUGUGGGGAGCAGGGUGAAAAGACAGGCACAUUGGACCUUAAGGUGCUUGUCUUUGAGCUCUAUCUUGUCAAACUGAUGUAGGGCAAACAUAACUCCCUAAGGGAAAACGAGCAGAGAUUUCUAAGCAAAAAAAUAGGUAAUAUAUGAAAUACUGUAAAGUGGGUGACUGCUCUAAAAGAAGUGAUACAAAUGAAAGUAUUUUAUAUUCUUAGGGAAAUUAAUGACGUUCUGGUGCAAAUAUUUGUUGCUAAAUAAGAAUGUGAUUGUACAUACUUUUGUAAGGCCUUACACUGCUUUCUGUUUUUCUCUUUAUCAUGAAAUACAUAUAUAGAAUUGUAGAAUGGUUUGGGUUGGAAGGGACCUUAAAGAUCAACCCCCCUGCCCUUGGCAGGGACACUUUCCAGUAGAUGACACUACUCAAGGCCUUGUUCAACCUGGCUUUGAACGCUGCCUGCGAUGAGGUAUCCACAGCUUCUCUGGGAAACCUGUUCCAGUGCUUCACCACCUUCAAAGUAAAGAAUUUCUAUACUUUACCUUUCACUUCAAAGCCAUUCUCCCUUGUCCCCUCACUAUAUGCCCUUAGAAAAACCCCCCCUCCAGCUCUCUUGGCAUCCCCCUUUACGUACUGAAAGGCUGCUCUUUCAGAGCCUUCUCUUCUCCAAGCUGAACAACUCCAACUCAUGCGACUUCAUUUGUCAGUUUCCUCAGGACCAGUGGAUGCAUGUCAGCAGGUCCCAUGGAUUUGUGCCCCUCUAGGUUCUUUAGAUUUUCUUAAAUUUGAUCUUCUCCUUGAUAUCCCUUGCCAGAUUGAAAACCAUCAGGGCUUUAUGCCUUCCUAGCCUUAUCCCUGAGUGGAAUUCAUAAAGUAUUUCACUACUCUAGACUAACUAGUAUUUCUUUGCAGUGGUCAAGAUCUGUGAGAAAUUAUAUAUCCUUACAGACUAAGUACUGCUAUUUCUGCUUUCUCUUCUCUUUAAUCUUUUGGGACAAAAUUAACAUGUAGUUGGACUUGAUGAUCUUAAAGGUCUGCUUCCUAACCUAAACAAUGCUAUGAAAAUGUUCAUAUGAAAAUUGGUAUGUGACAAUCUCUUGGUUGCAUUUCUUUUAUAGCUUUUGGACAGAGCAAAGUAGUAUCAUUACCUUCUUGCUGUUAAGUAAUAUUGAGUUUGUCUCAGUAGUUUUUUAUAUAUUUUCCCUGCAUAGUAUUUGUAUACUUCGGCAUUAACUUUUAAUAAAUGGCUAGUUAUAGUUAUAAUGACUGUUGUUAAAAUAAAAAAGUAUAAACGAUAAAAUAAAAGGUCAAUUAAAAUAUAUUUUUAUGUAAGAAAAUGAAAACCCACCAUCAUGGUCUAAUUCUAUUAAAUUAUGAAAAAUAUGCACCUUUAU